AUGUGUUAUAUAAGGGGGGACGGCCGGGGCGCCCCGCGCUUUCGCUGCAGCGCGGAGGAGCUGGACUAUUACCUGUACGGGCAGCAGCGCAUGGAGAUCAUCCCUCUGAACCAGCACACCAGCGACCCCAACAACCGCUGCGACAUGUGCGCGGACAACCGUAAUGGCGAGUGCCCCAUGCACGGGCCGCUGCACUCGCUGCGUCGGCUCGUGGGCACCAGCAGCGCCGCGGCGGCAGCGCCCCCGCCCGAGCUGCCCGAGUGGCUGCGGGACCUGCCGCGGGAGGUGUGCCUGUGCACCAGCACCGUGCCCGGCCUGGCCUACGGCAUCUGCGCGGCGCAGAGGAUCCAGCAGGGCACCUGGAUCGGGCCCUUCCAGGGCGUGCUCUUGACCCCGGAGAAGGUGCAGGCGGGCGCCGUGAGGAACACGCAGCAUCUCUGGGAGAUAUAUGACCAAGAUGGGACACUUCAGCACUUUAUUGAUGGUGGGGAACCUAGUAAGUCGAGCUGGAUGAGGUAUAUCCGAUGUGCAAGGCACUGCGGAGAGCAGAAUCUAACAGUAGUUCAGUACAGGUCGAAUAUAUUCUACCGAGCCUGUAUAGAUAUUCCCAGGGGUACCGAGCUUCUGGUGUGGUACAAUGACAGCUAUACGUCUUUCUUUGGGAUCCCUUUACAAUGCAUUGCCCAGGAUGAAAACUUAAAUGUCCCUUCAACGGUAAUGGAAGCCAUGUGCAGACAAGACGCCCUGCAGCCCUUCAACAAGAGCAGCAAACUGUCCGCGGCCGCCCAGCAGCGCUCAGUGGUCUUCCCGCAGACGCCGUGCAGCAGGAACUUCGCUCUUCUGGAUAAGUCUGGGCCCAUGGAGUCAGGCUUCAACCAAAUCAACGUGAAAAACCAGCGGGUGCUCGCAAGCCCCACUUCCACCAGCCAGCUCCACUCGGAGUUCAGUGACUGGCACCUGUGGAAAUGCGGCCAGUGCUUUAAGACUUUCACUCAGCGCAUCCUCUUACAGAUGCACGUGUGCACGCAGAACCCCGACAGGCCCUACCAGUGCGGCCACUGCUCCCAGUCCUUCUCGCAGCCUUCAGAGCUGAGGAAUCACGUGGUCACCCACUCCAGCGACCGGCCUUUCAAGUGCGGCUAUUGUGGUCGUGCCUUUGCCGGAGCCACCACCCUCAACAACCACAUCCGAACCCACACUGGAGAAAAGCCCUUCAAGUGCGAGAGGUGUGAGAGGAGCUUCACGCAGGCCACCCAGCUGAGCCGACACCAGCGGAUGCCCAAUGAGUGCAAGCCAAUAACCGAGAGCCCAGAAUCAAUCGAAGUGGAUUAACUGAUUGACUGGUUGGAAUUAAACUGCAAGGAAAGUCAUGAUUAAAUGUCACGGACACUUAAGCAAAACCAAAGAUUUCCUCUGAGCAACUUUCAAUCAGUCCCAGAAAACCAAAAGCAGUAAUAAAAUAAGUAAGAUGUUAAGAGAUAUUGAUCCUGGCGUUGGGAGUCAGACCAGGAAAUAGAUUAUUUAUUUAUGACUAGGGAUGAGAGGACAACUAACCUGGGGUGGCUGCCAUUUCCAGACCCACCAUGUCUUUGCUUUGUUUCUAAAAAGCUUUUUUAAAAAACUGUUAUUUAAUACCAAAGGAAGGAAUCAUGUGGGUUCCUCCGUCUACCGCUGUGACUGAGAAUGCACAGGGACUGGUUUCUCGUUGCACUUCGUGUUGGUUUUGUAGUAGCAUGAUUCAGGGGACCCAUUGUACAGCCUCUCUGCCUGCUGUUUCCGUUUGGCCCGGCCGGAGGUCCACAGGGACGUGUGGCAGCAGACAAGAGCGCCCUCGCUAAGUCAGUACCAGCUCCGGCCCGAGAGGCAGUCCAUUUUCCCGGUCUCCACCUCGCUUUUCCUCCACUCUUCGUGCGGCUCCUUUCGUUCGGCGGCCUGGCUAGAUGCGGGAGCCCCUGGCGAAAAGGAAGAGAAUGGUUUCCCUUCCAAAAUCAGAUGGAGAAAUAAAAAAGGGGGGCACUGUCUUUGUCCUGUCAGGAUUUUGAAAACA